CUUCUUGUAUUUUAUUCUUUCUAUAAAAUAUAUAAAGAUGGUCAAGAGAAGUCCUAAAGAACUAAAAGCCGAUAUCGAACGUGCUACUCAGAUCCUUGAGUUAUUCACUGAUCCCAGUCAAGGUCGGGAUGUCAAGAUGCUCAUUCCUUCGAAUGUCUUGGCCAAUGCUCAUGGUAUUGUCUUUAUUCGUCUUUACAGAGUGGGUUUGAUGUUGUCAGCCAAGAGUGGAUCGGGUAUCAUUAUUGCAAGGCUUCCUGAUGGCCGUUGGUCGGCGCCGUCGGGAGUAUCUAUGUCCUCUUUGGGCUUUGGUCAUCAAGCAGGUGGUGAAAUCAUCGACUCGAUCAUUGUCAUGAAUUACCGUGCUGCCGUGAAAGCUUUUUUUGACUCGGGCGGACAGCUUCAACUCGGCGUGGGGGCUUCGAUUGCGGCUGGGCCUUUUGGCCGUGCAGCGGAUGUCUCUGCCGCAGCCUCUACGGAAAGAUACAUAGCAGCGACGUACGCCUACAGUGCAUCCAAGGGGCUUUAUUUGGGUUAUUCCUUUGAAGGAUCGAAAAUUUCUGAACGCGUCCAUACCAAUGCCGCUUAUUAUGGUCGUCCGAUAGCCGCCAAAGAGAUCUUGACAGGCAUGGUACCACCGGUGGCUGAUGCCGCUCGACUGUAUGACAUGUUGACGCGGCUGGGAGCAGGACCUCGACCGGGUCUGCCCUUCAGUCCCAAGAGCUCUCAAACAACCAAGGGACAACAAUUUAUUCAAAACCAACAUCAGUUACAACAGCAGACGUCUUUGUCUGCUGCUGCUUCUGCUUCUGCUUCUACUCCUACUUCUGCAAUGCCAUUAGCACAGAAUCAUCAAGGAUUCGAAGAGCCUCCACCCCCUUAUACCUUAGAAGAGACAGAAUUAGCAGUGGUGGUAGCCAAAUAUGAUUACAGGGCAAGCCAACCGGGAGAUAUCUCGUUUCAAGCGGGUGAUCACAUUGUUGUCACAAAGCGUUUAGAAAGUAGAGACGCUUGGUGGGAAGGUGAAAUAGGUGACAAGAAAGGAUAUUUCCCUGCCAAUUACACUCAAGAUUUAGAUUAA